AUGUCAGAUGGCCAACAUGAAUUCGAUCAACAUGCCUCUACAGCAUAUAGUGCAAAUGAACUUGUUGAAUUGGAAAAUAUUAUUGAUAAAGAUGAUGCAAUGGAUGAAAUGGAAAAAAUGGGUACAGGACAAUCUUCGGAUGACCCAAAUAGGAGGAAGAGAUCUGAGGUGUGGACUGAAUUUGAUAUCGUAACAGUAGAUGGCAACACAAAGGCAAAAUGCAAUUAUUGCAGUGCUAAAUUGGCAUGGAAGAAGGGGGGUGCCACAACUCAUCUCAAAAGACAUUUAAAUGCUUGCAUGCCUCGAAAACUUUCUAAGUCUAGCGAAGAUAAAGAGUUAAAACAAAGCUUAUUGUCGUUUGAUGUUACUCAAGGUCAUGCAAUGCUAGCAACUUACAAGUAUGACAAAGACAAGAUAAGAGAGAUUCUUGCAAAGAUGUUUAUAGUGCAUGAGUAUCCUUUUAGGAUGGUGGAACAUCAGUUCUUUGUUUUAUUCUGCAAAGCUCUUAACCCAAAAUUUGAGCUAAUAAAGCGGGUUACUUUGAGAAAUGACUGCAUGAAAAUGUUUGCAAUUGAGAAGCAAAAGUUGAGGUCAAUGUUAAGAAAUGUUGAUAGAAUUAGCUUAACGACUGAUCUAUGGACCUCAAAUCAAACAAUAGGGUACAUUUGUAUCACUGGACAUUUCUUAGAUUCUGAAUGGAAGUUGCAAAAGAGAAUUUUAAAUUUUUGUAGCUUGGCACCUCCCCACACGGGAAUUGCUAUUGCUGAUUGUAUUCUUCAGUGUCUAACUGAAUGGGAGAUUGAAGAUAAGGUUUCCACUAUUACGUUAGACAAUGCAUCUUUGAAUGACACAGCAGUUAAAGUCUUGAGGGAUAAUUUUGCAAUCAAAGGAAAGCUUUACUUCAGUGGAAAAAUAUUUCAUGUUCGCUGUUGUGCACAUGUUUUGAACCUAAUGGUACAAGAUGGUUUAGCAGAAAUACGGGAUGUAAUUGAGAAUAUCCGCGAAAGUGUGAAAUAUCUGAAGAUGUCUCCUUCACGACUUCAUAAGUUUACUGAAAUUGUUAAACAGUUGAAGUUGUCAACCUCUAAAAUUCUUCAACUUGAUGUGCCUACUCGAUGGAACUCAACAUAUGAAAUGCUAGAGUCGGCAUUGGAGUUCAAAUCGGUGUUUCCAAUGUACAAGGAAAGAGACUCCAACUAUAAAUGGUUACCAUCCGAGGAGGACUGGAUACGAGCUACAGAGAGAGUGAAGGAGAAAUUAAAUGAUAUGUCCUUUGAUACUAGAGAUUUUGUGGUGCGCAUGACUCGAAGAAUGAAUGAAAAAUUUGAGAAGUAUUGGGGAGACUGUAACUUACUAAUGGCAAUUGGAGCAGUUUUGGAUCCUCGCUAUAAAAUGCAGCUCAUUGUAUUUUGUUUUCCACAAAUUUAUGGUGAGGAUGUUUUUCAACGCCAUAUUGAUGAUGUUCAUGAAGCUUUAGAUAUGCUCUACAAGGAAUAUGUAUCUUCAGAUGGACAAAUAGAUGUUGAUGCUAGCAAUAUCCCAAGUAUCUCCUCCAAACUGCAAAAAAAAAGGACUAAUCAUCGGUUUCAUAUGUGGGCUCAACAACAUAGGAAUGCUAUUCCUUCAAACAAAACUGAGUUGGACAUGUAUCUAGAAGAAGAUAUUUUCAAGCCUAGUGAUGAAGACUAUGACAAGUUUGAUGCUUUAAAUUGGUGGAAAGCCAACACUUUAAAAUUUCGCUAUCUAUCAAAAAUGGCUCGGGACAUACUAUCCAUUCCUAUUACUACUGUUGCUUCAGAGGCUGCAUUUAGUGCUGGAGGUAGAGUGCUUGAUCAAUAUCGUAGCUCUUUGAAGCCUGAGACUGUACAAGCUUUGAUUUGUACUGGAGAUUGGUUGCGUCAAGAGCUUGGAUUGGAGCAGUCUUCAAAUGUUGAUGAAGAGUUUACGCAAUGGAAUACAGAGACUGGCCUAAACUAG